AUGGCUCCCUUCGCCCAACCAUGGAGCGGACACCCAACCUCCACCUCUUCGCUCCUGAAGCCUUCCACGGGCUUUGACUUGCGCAUCGGAGAAACCACUGCCAACGGUGCCGAGCAAGAGAUCGAGCCUCAGAAAGAGGCGCCGCGCACAAGGUGGAUGCUGGCUGAGGCCUACCAGAAUGCCAUCGCUACCGGUGUGCAAUAUUCGGGUCGCAUCGUUGAGGAUUUUGACAGCUCGACAGAUCAGCCUACGCCUACUGAGGAAUUUACAACUCAAACCUCAAACGACCCGAAGCCUUCGUCCUCUGCGACGCAGCUCGCCACUGUCGACGCCCACAGCUCUCUUACUCUCGACCCGCUAUCCGAGUCCCCGAGUGCUAAAGUGGAGGCUGCGACCAAUACUACUAUCGGCGUGUCGGAUUCACCAUCGACGCCUGUGGGAUAUGGACGUAUCAUCGUCUUUGUAGAUGAUUGCCGUCUAGUCAUGGGUGGUGUCUCGAAGAAAGUCGCGAUUCCCACAGAUGCAGCCACUGGCGCGCUAUUGGAAUGGGCGUUUAUCGACUUUGCAGACCGCCAGGAAGCCCUUAUGGCGAUGACGACGGUGCUCGCAUGA